AUGACCCUACAGUAUUUUUCCUUCCCUCCCAUUGCAGUGUCUCCAGCACGGCAGAAGCUGUGCAAGUUGGACUGCAUCUGCCCUCCAAGAAACGUUUUAAAGUCUGUCAUAGCUGCUACUCAUAAAGACAUCUCAAAGCAUUUAUCCUUCUAUCAGAACUUGGAAAUAUUUUCAUUAUCACAGAUUAAGGAUAUAGAAGUGCUCAACUGUGAAUAUGGCAAGAACACAAUCAAAUUCCUUCGCCUUCAUAGAGAAGGGAAGAAGCACUUUGUUAAAGAAGUGGAAGUGUGCACACAUCUCCGGCUGACUUCUGCUCAUGAGUAUUUGGAUGGAAACAACUCUUUAGUGAUACCUACAGACACCAUUAAGAAUAUUGUCCUGGUGUUGGCCAAAAAAAAUGGGAUCUCAAGUAUAGAACAAUUUGCUAUAGAUAUCUGCAAACACUUCAUGACAACAUUUUGCCAAGUGGCGUACGUCAAAACCUACGUUCAGGAAGUGCCAUGGCAACGUCAAUACCAGAACGGCGUUCCCCACAUCCACUCAUUCAUACUUGUUCCUGAUGGGAUUCGCUUUUGCGAAGCUGAGCAGUGCCGGAAUGGUCCUCUGGUUGUUUUUGCUGGAAUUAAAGAUCUGAAACUUAUGAAGACAACACAGUCCGGAUUUGAAGGCUUCUACAGAAAUGAACACACCACGCUUCCUCAAAGGAAUGACAGGAUUUUAUGUGGAGAGCUCUUCUGCAAGUGGUCAUACGGCGAAUGCAGAGAUUUUGAUUUUGACUGCAUGUGGGCCAAAGUCCGGGAUUGCAUCCUUGAGGCCUUCUCAGGGCCACCUGACUGUGGGGAUUAUUCGCCCUCUUACCAGAAGACCAUCAACUGCAUCCAGAUGUGUGUCCUCUCCCGAGUGUCACAGGUACAGGUCAUAGAAGUCAUCCUGAACAACACCUUUUAUAAUGUGGUAGACAUGAAGGCACUAGGCUGUACCAAUGACAAAGAAGUUCUGGUUCCAGUGGAAACUCCCUAUGGUUCCUGUGCUUGCACGCUUGGCAGAAAGAAGUACUUAGAAGCACAAAGCCACAUGAUAAAAGAUGAGAAGGAAAGUCAGUUUGGACUGGUAGCUGCUCAGGGAAAGUAAACCUCUUGGCUUCCUGUGUACAUUCCUGAUAAACUUGCAGUAUGGCUUUCCUAUCAGCAUAUACUUACUACUGGCUUCUUUCACAUUGACUACUUUCCACUCUGUGAACUCCUAGAUUGGGAUUUCUAAAUGAGCCUCAGAAAUUCAGAUAUCAGAGUAUCUCCCUGGAACUCAGUGUGAUUUGCAGACUGAAAUCCCAGCUGGAAACAUUAUAGUUUUUAUAUUUUUAAAUCAGCUAUUCCCAGACUUAACGAAUUUGAUGAUCUUUAACAUGUUUUUGACACACAAAAUAAGCAACUAUGUAUGUUGUCUAUUCAUAUUCCUUCAGUAAAAUGAAUAUACAGGCACAAUACCGGAUGUUUCACUGAUGUAACCUGUGCCAACCCCUUAAUGCCACACUGAUCUAGAGAGUUGAAGUUCUGACCUAACAACUGAGUGAGGAAUCAAUCAGACACUGAUUUCUUUGUGAAGGAAAUAAUAAAAAAAAUAAAAAUCUAACAUAUCUUCUGUACAGCAUGACUAGUUACAGCUGUUUACUAAUUUCUCUGCAUGCGUUUUGAUUGCAUGGCUGCUGCUGCUAUUCAUCAGAAUAUACAGUUACUUUAUAAUUACUUUUAUAUUAAUCAUUGAGGUGUUUGAGGAUUUGGGCUAUCUCUGUAAUUUUAAUUAAAUAGCUUUCUUUGGUCUAAUAAUCUCACCAUGACUUCAGAGCAGGCAGAAAUCAAUCUAAGUAACCCUAUUAUUCUUAGGAAGAUGCAGAAAUACAGGAUGCAUUGAGAUAAAACUACAGAACCAGCAAUUCUCAUCUCAGAAAUGGCAGCUACCACAUUUGCAAUAGAAAUCCUGCUCAACUUCUAACAGCUUCUAACCACUGCUUUCAUUUUCUCCAAGUUUCACUGUCACAGAAUUCCAUGUGACAGAGACAGCAAAUCCAAUUGGAAGUGCCCUAAGUUAUGUCUGAAAACUGCAAAUUGGUUUCCUUCGUGCCUCCUCAGCAUUUCUCUGAGUACAGAGGGUAAGCUCAGAAAUACUGAAAAAGAACAUGUCCUGCACCAUACCCCAUGACAGGAACUUGCCUUGGUGAACAAGAUUAACAGUUGUAAAGGGAAGGCACUGUUCACAAUCCUGAGACAACACCUCAGAAACAACAGAACAAAUGACACCACAGAGUGAAUCUGCCCCAGAUCUGCUGUUCUUUGGUCACUUGUUGAUUCUGAAGGCUCCAUUAGUGACACUGAUAGGUUUUGCUGGGGAUGUGCAUUCUUACCUUGUUUGACUUGAUUUGUAUUGUACUUGUGGGCUUGGGCUUAUGUCUUGCUACUUCUAUAUUUAGGUGCUUAUAAUUUAUUAAUUUAUCUCUCAAGGGCAAAUAAAGAGCAAUAUAAAAAACCAAACAAGUCAGUACUUGACUCUUUGUGAAAUAAGAAAUAAAACAAUUUCCUACUUGCAUAUACAUAUAAACAUCGUAUGGAAUGAUAUUUUAGUUCAGACAAUUUUACCUCAAAAAGUGAUCAGCAUUGCUCCAAAUGACAGUUCACUACCAAGUGAUAAAAACAAAAGGAAAAAAGGCUCAUAUUGCACAUCUCAAUCUUUAGCCCUUUUUAAGCAAAGCAGAUCAUUUAUUCUGCUCUUCACUACCAACUUUCUUUCUACCUGGUGAGAAAUGAAUUGCACUAAGUGGAAGGUUGUUUGUCAUUACUAUUAGUGCUUCAUCUGUGGGCUUACAAAGUAGAAAUGGAUUAAACUUCAUGGCAGAACAAGGAUGCAAAGAAGCAACUAGUUGUUGAUUUAAAUUAUUCUGUAGCUAAAAGCACACAUACACUCUUGUAAUGUGGCUUCUAUAGAUCUCCACACACACAGACACUCAGCAGUCCUUACAGACAUCUCAGCGUAGCCCCAUCCAGCACUGCAAAACCUGAGUCAUGCAUAUGAACAUAUUCCUUCCAAUGUAAGCAUUUAGACAAUAGGAAGCAGCCCAAAUCUUCUAUAUGACAACUAGAAUCAGAUCACAAUGGGAUAAAUAAUUCCUGAAAAUGGGACUUAGCUACAUUAUUUGGGCCCAAUCCCUAACCAAAUUCCUUUUUAUCUUCACAGAAUCACAGAAUGGCAAGGUUGGAAGGAACCUCCAACCCCCCUGCCACAUGCAGGGCCACCAACCUCCCCAUUUAAUACCAGACCAGGCUGCCCAGGGCCCCAUCCAAUCUGGCCUUGAACACUUCUAGGAAUGGAGCAUCCAUAGCCUCUAUGGGCAGCCUGUUCCAGCACCUCACCACUCUCACUUCCCCCUGACACCCAACCUAAAUCUUCCAUCCCUCAACUUACAACCAUUUCCCCUUUCAACUUAAAACCAUUUCUACCUUCUUUAGAUUUGGUCUCCAUGAUGGUCAGCAAAUAGGAGGAUCUUGGCUGCAGUACGUCUCCCUGUUCCUGUGCUGACUGGCAGCAGGGCAGGGGAUUUGACCGUUGCUUUGCUCCUUCAUGCUGCCUCCAGGAGAUGGAGGAGUCUCUAAAUUACCCAUUCAGUGUGAUAGCAGGGAGACCUGCAGCACUGAGACUACUGUCACUCUCAACCCAGUAUCAGCUGAGCAAUCAGACACUGGGCACCCAAAGCACAAAGCUGGCUUUUAACCAGGACGCCUGCAUAGCUCUGCCACUGUUAGAACCACAGUUCUGACAUGAUAUCCAGUACUGCCCAUCAGUUGCUUUCUCAUCUCAACAGCAGCUGUGUUUUCUGGAAGACAAAUGGUAGCUAAAAAUAAUCUGGCUUUUACUUCCUCUUUCAGACUAUACAGUCUUUUUAGAAAAUAUUUUACCUUUCUCUUACAGAAACAGCAAGGAAUACGUAAUGGACAAAAUCAAGACAGUCACCUACACAAAGAAAAUCAAAGAAUCACAGGGAUUGGAAAGGGUCUCUGGAAAUCAUCUAGCCCAACCCCCUGGUUCCUAGCACAGACUGUAGAGGCAAGUGUCAGGAGGGUUCUGAAUAUCUCCAGAGAAGGAGACUCCACAACCUCUGUGGGCAGCAUUAGAAAGCUCAGAGAGCAG